AUGAAGAAUGCUCAUGUUCGCAAGCAUAAUUUCGUUUUGACAGAUGGCGAGAAGCAGGAAUUGAGGAAAGCCUUCAACCUUUUUGAUAAAAAUGGUGGAGGUACAAUUGCACCUGAUGAAGUUAGAGUUGCCUUGAGAGUUCUUGGCUUUAAUCCAACCCUCGAUGAACUUCACGCCAUGAUAAAAGAUAUUGAAGCCAGAGAAACAAGUGGACCUAAAGAUGAUGGUAUUAACUUUAACGAAUUUACUCAGAUUAUUCUUGAAAAAAUAAACGAACCACAGACACAAGCACAACUUGUUAGAUCAUUCAAUAACUUAGAUAUUGAUUCAGAUAAUACCAUUUCCCUUGAUGAUCUUACACAUGUUGCACAAGAACUCGGUGAAGACUUGUCACCUGAUGAAUUAGGGGAAAUAAUCAUGACUGUUAGAGGUUGUGCCAAUGAUUUCAAUAUUCACACUACAAAUGUUGGCGCAAUUUCUCAAACAGAAUUUAUCAAUGCAAUUAACCAUAGUCUUGAUAAUUAA